AAACGAAACCGUGAGUCGGAGACAUGCCUUGAGAUGCCAUUUUCCGGACCUUCGCCUGUCACCACCCCUAUAAAAACCAUGGCAUAACCAGAAACAAAUUGCCCAUCAGAUCAUCGAGGCAGACGGACUGAAAAUGUGGAGUGCAGGAUGCGUGGAGCAGUGGAUGCCGACGGCGGCGAUGGUGGCGACGAACGUCGUGAUCGCCGUCAUGACCACGCUGCUCAAGCAGGCGCUGAACCAGGGGAUGAACCGGCUGGUCCUCAUCACUUUCAGGCAGAUGCUGGCCACUGUAUUCCUUGGCCCCAUUGCCUACUUCAAGGAAAGGAAGACAAGACCAAAGAUCACUGCUGAAAUCUUUGCGUACCUGUUCCUUAGUGGAAUCCUCGGCCCGGUCCUGCUUCAGUACACGCUCUUCGUCGGGCUGGAGUACACGACCGCAACGUUUGCUGCGACUUUCGGCAAUCUGCUCCCGGUGGUUACCUUCCUGAUAUCACUCGCUUUCGGGUAUGAGGCGCUGGAGGUUCGGAGCAAGUCCGGGAGCGCCAAGAUCUCCGGCACGCUGCUGUCCCUCACGGGGGCCAUGAUGCUCACCUUCUACAAGGGCGCGUCCCUCACCCACCUCCACCACCACCUGCCCCCGUCGUCGGCGGCGGCGGCCGGCGUCGAGGAGCAGCACCGGAGCGCGGUGCGGUGGGUGCUGGGGUCGGCGUCGAUGCUGGCGAACGUGGUGGGGUUCGCGGGGUGGCUGCUGCUGCAGCGGCGGCUCACGCGCCUGUACCCGGCGGUGUACUCGGCCACGGCGCUCAUGUCGCUGCUCAGCUUCGCGCAGGCGGCGGCGCUGGCGCUGUCCACGCAGUGGGGCGCCGGCCUCGCCGCCUGGCGGCUCCGCGGCACCGUCGAGAUCGCCGCCGUCGUGUACUGCGGGGUGGUGGCGUCCGGGGUCGGGUACCUGCUGCUGACCUACUGCGUGGAGAAGCGGGGCCCGGUAUUCACCGCCGCCUUCAGCCCGCUGGCGCAGAUGUUCGUCGCCGGCAUCGACCUAUGCGUCCUCCACGAGCCCCUCUACCUCGGCAGCGUGCUGGGGUCGGUGCUGGUCAUCCUGGGCCUCUACCUCGUGCUGUGGGGCAAGAGGGAGGAAGCCGCCGUCGCAGCCGCCGCCGCCGCUCCGGCGAAGACGGUGGAGGUAGCAGCAGCUGGCCACGGAGACGUGGCAGAGCAGCAGGAGAGAGUGUGAUCCCGAACCGAAGUCUGAACUGCAGCAAGACACGCAUUUGAAAUUUUGAACUAGAGAGAACAUGAUGAACUGAAACUACUAAUCAAACACUGUACUGUACCGUAGGAAAUUUGGAUGGGAACAGUUGUGAUCUUGACAUGAGAGUGAGAUGCUCUGGUGAAGAUGGGGAUGAACUAUGAGA